AUGGAUAUUCUGAUAAAAUUGUGCUGUCUUCUAUUUUGCCUUUUGUUAGUUAGGGCUGAAACAGAUCAAAUUAGGUUAGAUGGAGCAAUUACGAGGAUAGAUAAUGCCACUGGAACAAGGCAACUGCAGACUAGAUUGCUAGUGGGUGAACCAUUAAAAGAGAAUAUCGAAGCAGCUAACCUGACUGGAGACUUAAAGGAAUUCAUGUACUUCUACCUAGAUGUUUGGGUAGGAGAGAACCCUCCAAGAAAGCAAGCUUUGAUAGUGGACACAGGGUCUUCUAUUACUGCUUUUCCUUGUCAAGGGGUUUGUGAAUCUUGUGGAAAACACAUCAACUCUGACAAUAAAAUUGAAUCUAAAGGAAAUUAUUCAGAUAGCGGAGCAAGCACUUCAAUUGCACCAUAUUAUCCAUUUAAGGAAUCAAAAACAUACAAGAAGAUUAGCUGAGACAAAGACUUAUGCCUCGACUGUUCAAAGAACGAAGAUUGUAGAUUUAAACAGCAGUAUGGCGAAGGCAGCCGCUAUGAAGGAUUCUAUGGAAUUGAUACAAUGCGGAUUGGGCCACCUGAAUCUAAAAAUGGUGACUUUGAUAUGUACUUUGGAUGAGUUACCAAAGAAACAUUUAAUCUUCAGAGUCAAAAAGCAGAUGGAGUACUCGGUCUCUCAAAAUCCAAAGCUAAGAGAUUUCCACCCAUAAAUGUUCAGAUGAGAGAAGCAAAACUUGUUGACAGCGCAACCUUUAUGGUCUGCCUUGGAAUGGAAGAUGGAAUUAUCAAUUUUGGUGGCUAUGACACAAACUUACUGUAUAACCAAGAAAUAGGCAUCAAUUGGAUUCCUACUAUUGAUGAUACUUCCUACUCCAUCCAACUAAAUGGUCUUUACGUUGGUAAUGUCCAUAUCCCUCAUGUUCCAAAAGUCGGAUCCAUUGACACUGGAGCUUCAUGGGUUUAUAUGGAUCAUGAAGAGCAACGCCAUAUUUAUGAAGCACUUGACCAAUUUUGUAAGGAUACUGAAGGAAAAUGCAUUGGAAAGAAAGUUGACAAGAAUUGACACGAGUAUGAUACCACUAUGAAUAAGUCUCUCAGAGAUUUCUUCAGGAGUUACCCAACUAUUACAUUUGACGCCGGAGAGUAUGGAGUGUUAAAUUGGUUCCCAAGUGAGUACUUCUCACAGCAAGGAGACACAAACAAAUUCUGUAUUUCUAUCGAAAUGGCCCGUAUAAGAGGAACUAUUGUUCUUGGAGCAGCAUUCUUGAGGCAGAAUCUAGUAGUAUUCGAUCCAGAAAGUCCAGCUCAAAUCGGAUUCUCCAGGGGAAAAUGUUCUGAAUACCAACAUAGAGUGACUACAGAAGUAGUCAAUGUCACAGAAGGUUUUUACCAAGUUGAAUGCCAUUCUUGUGACUUUAUAAAAGAGGAGACUAAUAUAAUCAUAUUGUUAGCAGUAACGCUGAUAGUUGUCUUCUUAUUCGCAAUCGUAGCCCUUACAUUAGGCUAUGUAUGCCAGAGGGUAAAUAGAAAAGACAUUACGUAUGCACAAUUCACCUCAGAAGAAGACCUUUAUAAGCAAGGCCAUACAAGAGAAAUGGAGAAUAUAGGAAUUCUAAAUAGUCAAGAUGACGAUGAGAUUGAUGAUUCAAGCCUAAACCAGCGGGUGUAAAGUUCAAUUGUGAAGUA